UGUAAAGUGUCGAUUCUAGGGCUGGUGGAUAAGCUCUAAGCUAAGCUUUGUAUGCUUGUUUCUUUGGGUUUUUUUAAAUAUAAAUUUAAAUAUUAUCCAACAAGGUACCCAGAGUGCUGCUUAUUAUACAAAACACCACAUGCAAAAUACCAGGAAAUAAAGUCCACUAUAGAAUUCCCAUUUCUACUGCCUGCUUUUGAUUCUGUGGAGAAUUCACUGGAGAAUAAACUGGAGUUAUGACAUAUGCUGGAUUCGAAACACUGUUUGAGAGGCUUGAGAAGGUAUAAAUAAACAUAGCACUCUGCUAGAUGUUGCGUCUGAAUGUGUUCUAUAAUGUGACUUCUUUAUUGAGAUUGCUAUCAGCUUCUGUUCUUAGACACUGUUGAAUUAACUGCAUAGAAAUUAUGAAUGAAUUAAUGAAUUAUUCUGAUGUUAUGUAUUUAACUCUGGAGGGCCAUGUGGAGCUGGAGAAAUACAGAUAUUUUUAUUUUGUAAUGGUUCUCACACUUUACAUGUUGAUCAUUAGUUGUAACGGUCUGGUCAUUUUUGUCAUAUUCACAAACAAACAUCUCCAUGAGCCCAUGUACAUUUUCAUUGCUGCUUUGCUUUGUAAUGCUCUCUUUGGAACAGCUGCUCUUUAUCCAAAACUGCUCACAGAUUUUUUGUCUAAAAUUCAAGUUGUUUCUUUUGAAGCCUGCAUAUUUCAAUCAUUUUGCAUUUAUACAUAUGGUGCUUCAGAGUUCACACUGUUAUCAGCUAUGGCCUAUGAUAGAUAUGUGUCUAUCUGUAAACCAUUACAAUAUGCAACAAUUGUAAAAAUGUCCACUGUUAAAAAGCUCUUAUUUUGCUGUUGGUUUCUUCCUUGUUGUGAAAUAGGCAUUUCUGCAAUAUUAACAUAUCAACGUAAGCUGUGUAAAUUCAAAUUAAAUCGAAUAUACUGUAAUAACAGUUCCAUGAUUAGAUUGGGUUGUGGAGACUUUUCUGUAAGUAAUUUGUAUGGACUAUUUGCUUUAAGCAUUGUUGUGUUUCCUCCAUUAAUUUUUGUAUUUUUCUCAUAUAUCAGAAUACUUUCAGUCUGUUUAAAGAAUUCUAAAGAUUUUAGAACAAAAGCUCUACAAACCUGCUUCCCACAUCUAUUAAUUUUAAUCAGUUUCUCCAUCACAACAUGUUUUGAAAUUAUAAAUACUAGAUUAGAAGAAAACAUGCCUCACAUUGCCAGCAUGAUUAUGUCAGUGGAAAAUCUGGUUAUUCCUCCUCUAUUAAAUCCCAUUAUAUAUGGACUGAAACUGAAGGAGAUAUUCAAUAGGAUUAAGAAAAUGGUUUGGAAAAAUAAGAUAAUUGUAUGCCAAGAGGUUAAACACAGACCUGCAUUUAUUCAUUAG